CUUACACUAAAGAACUAUGUACGAAAUAGAAGCCGCCCAGAAGGUUCAAUUGCUGAGGGGUACUUGAUGGAGGAGGCCACAAUAUUUUGUGCACGUUACCUUGAUGAUGUGGAGUCAAAACUUAAUCGACCAGUGCGACUUCAAGAAGGUCCCCUUGGUACAGGAAAGAGUAAAAAACUAUCGGCGUCAGAAUUGCACCAAGCAUAUCGCUUUAUACUUGAUAAUAUGGAAUCAAUACACCCAUAUCGAGAGUUAUAUGAUAAACUUGUAAAGCAAAGACAUUCUCAUUGGGACAACCGCCAAGUCCAAGUUGAAGGACAUAAAAAUUUCGUUGACUGGUUUAGAUCUCAUAUAAUACAACAUGCCGCCUAAACAGGCGAUCAUGAUGAUGAAGAAGAGAAGAAAUAUCAUCGGGAAGAAGAAAAGAAUAUAUGCUGAACCUAGCUCACAGAACUUUGAGGACACAAAUAACACUAAC